UACUGUGACGUCACACUGGCCAAAGCGGACGCAGUGAGGGCGGUCGUUCGGUGGAAUAUAUAAGGAGUGCCAUGGCAGCGGUCUGUCACUUCUGUCGAUUUUUCCGGAUCAGAGCAGCAGGUCCCACGAUGAAGGCUGUCAUCCUCCUCGCUCUUGUCGCUGUCGCCCGCGCCGGGCUCGUCGGCCACGGCCACGCUGCCGUGGCUGUCGCUGCCGUCCCCGAGGCUGGACACUCCUCCCAGCACCGCGUGCAGGACCUUCACGGAAACUACAAGUUCGGCUACAAGGAGGCCCACACCAGCGGCGGCUCCUUCCGCCAGGAGGCCGGUGACGCCUGGGGCAACAAGGUCGGUUCCUACGGUCUGACCGACGCUGACGGUCGCGUCCGUGUCGUCAAGUACGUCGCCGACGGCCACGGCUUCCGCGCCCACAUUGCCACCAACGAGCCUGGCACCGCCGCCUCCCACCCUGCUGCCGCUGCCUACCACGCCCGCCACGCCGUGCCGGCUGUCGGCGUUGCUGCCGCCAAGGUUGUCGCCGCUCCCGUCGCCAAGGUGGCCGUCGCCCCUGUCGCCGUCGCCGCUGCCCCCGUGGCUAAGGUUGCCGUCGCCCCUGUCGCCAUCGCCGCUCCCGCCUACGGAUUCGGCUACGGACACGGUUACGGACAUGGCUAUGGUCUCGGCUACGGUCUCGGCUACGGUCUCGGACACGGUUUCGGACACGGUUUCGGAUUCGGUCACGGCCUGGGCUACGGAGGAUUCGGCCACGGAUAUGGUCUCGGCCUUGGCUACGGUCACGGCUUCGGCUACGGCAAGUUCUACUAAUUUAUUUCGGAGACAAAAUAAGAACUUCUACGUUGAUUUUCCAAUGUCCUCGUGUGCCAUCUCUCCUCUGUGAACGCGUGUACAGUGUCUUUCUUGUCAGUGUGAAAAAAAAAGAAAAGCCGAAUAAAGGAGUUGAAGGUA